AUGCUUGCCGAUCACCAGUCGUCUCAGGCCGCUCCCGCCAGUGCGCUGUCAACUGAAUGCCUCACCAACAGUAUCUUGGAGUUUUCCUAUGAUCUGGAGAACGGUGUAACGCUUGAGUCCUGGCAAAUGGCCAAAACGCUCCCCGCCGGAGAUCUUCAGCAGUUGUUCUUUCAACGACGCAAUUCCCUCUGCGUUAUAGACGGCUACUUGGUGUUCAAAGAACGCACUGUGGUGCCUAUCUCACUACGCUUGCGAGUUCUUUGUCGAUUUCAUACUAGCCAUCCCGGCAUCGGUCGCAUCAGUCUGUCGCCCGCAGUUACGAUUGCAAGCCAAAUAUGGAUCAGCAAAUUGCAGACCUAG